AUGUCGGACUACUUCGAAGAAAUGGGCUGGACGCCGUUGGGUGAUGGCGAAGCACCGAAUCAUCUAAUACAUAUGGCCCGAUUGCUCAGAGAUUCAGGUAUUUGGGGAUUGCUCGAUCAAGACACAAGAUUGCCGCCACCUGCAUCGAAAGAAGCACUGAAUACUCUAGAAGACAUUAAAAUUUCUUCGAGCGAAUCAAAACAGUGUCCCGUUUGUAUAAAAGAAUUCGAAAUGGGUAAUUUGGUAAAAACUUUACCUUGCCGUCACACCUUUCACAAGGAUUGCAUUAUUCCGUGGUUGGAAAAGACGAAUUCGUGUCCGCUCUGUAGAUACGAGCUACCGACCGAUGACGAGGACUAUGAAAUGUAUAGAAAGGAAAAAAAGAGAUCCGUACAAAGGGAAAAAGAUCUCGAGACUUUACAUAAUUCUAUGUUCAUGUAGCGAAUUUACACGGUUAAUUGACAACAAGUUAAUUAAUUUGUGUUACCAAGUUAUUCAACGAGCACGAGUAAAGAUAUUUUCAUAAUAUCUUAACGUCGGUAAUAUUCGCGAUUCUGACGUUUUCGACGGUCGGUUAAUUUCCCCCAGAGAAAAUACUUUUCUCUGCAAAAACUAUUCUUUUUACAUUGUCCUUAUAUAUUUAUGUACUUAUUAUAACGAGGACGAAAUCAAAAGGUGUACCAUUGAUAAAAAUAUUAUGAUAACGUUGAAGACGUUCGUGUAAGAAAGUAAUUAAUUUGUAAGUUAUUAAAAAUAAGGUGGCCAAUAAAAAGCCAAUGAUUAUUAAUAGGAAAUAAUGUUUAUUAUACAGUGUACAUAUUUAUUAACUUCAUUUAUUUUAUUUCUGUUAUAAAUUUUAUAUUAAUAAUUGUAUUAUGUUUUGCCGAGCGACGAAUGCCUUGAUCAGUGUGCGCUUAGACUAUAACAAUCUCCGUAAAAAGUAUAGAAACUUCUGGUUUUUAUUUUGUUCAUUUAUUCUUUUUUUUUUUUCUUUUUUUUUUUUUUUUCUUUUUUUCUUUUUAAUUGUCUCUAUCUCUCUUUCUCUCUUUCUCCCGUUAUUAUAGUUGUCCGUUUUUAAACCCUGGAACGCGACCACCAUAUGAAUCUUUAUACCAGCAAAGAGAAUCGCCAAAAUAUGUCGCGCUGAAAACGGCAUAAUCGUUCGGCAUAUACAAAUAAAUAAUAGUACUGUCAAAGUUAAAGUAAUUGGCGAUUUAUUUAUUUAUUUUUUUUUUUCUUUUCUUUUCUUUUCUUUUAAUUUAUUUUUUUUUUCUUUUUUUUUUUCUUUUUUUUUUUUAUUCUCGUCGAUAAUGCCAUUUCCAAUAGAAUGGCACGUCGCGCCGCCGCGCCACAAAAUUCUUCCUUUUGAACGCGGCCUUUUCCAAAAUUCUUCCAUUUGCGAAUACUUCACCCUAAGGUUAGUAUCUCGUUUAUUAAUUAUUUAUAUAAUAUGCGUAAUAAUAUAAAUAAUGUCGUUAAUAUACCUAUAAUGAUUACCGUUUCUUUAAUAAUAAACUAUCUGAAUGGUACAUUUUUUUUCUCUGCUAGUGGCCAUGUCCGUAAUAGCUAGAUUUUUUUUUCUUUUUUUUUUUCUUUUUUCUUUUUUCUUUUUAUGUAGUCUGUAUGCGAGCUCCAAGUGGGAUAAGAUACGUCGUACAGAGAACUUUUUUUUCGGCUCGGCGUAUAUUAUACAUAAGAAAGAACGAAAAUGAAAAAGACGAACCCAAACAAUGUCCGAAUACGGGAACACGUCUGUGGCGCGAAAAUACGAACGUCGGGGAACCUUCCUUCGUCUACCGAUACGUGACAACGAUUUCAUUAGAGUUAUCGUUCCUAUAUCACAUCCAACGAUUCGUCCUUUUUUCUUUCUCCUUUAUCCAAGUGUACAGAGAGAAAGUCCUAGGAGUAUAAUGAGUUCUUUUUUUUUUUUUUGAUUCCACGUUCGCGAAUCCACUGACUCCCUCCGUCUUUUCGACUCUCGCAUAAACUUACGCUUGGAACGAGACGACAGAAAUUAGCUUCAAAGUUUCGUCAUGAUAUCGUCACACGAUCCUCGACGAAAUUCAGGUUCCCACGAGGUACGUUCAAAAAUUCUCUACAUUUUAUAUAUUUCACCGUGUCCUAGUCUUGAUAUAGUAUAAAUGUACGACGUUGAUUUAUGUCACCCAGGACUUCUUCUUGGUGCGCGUGUCAUGUGUACGUGGACGUGUGUGUGUGUGUGUGUGUGUGUAUGCAUGCUAAUUCCAAAGUGUGUCUCUUAAUGUAAAUUCCUUUUCUUCGCUUUUUUUGCUUUAUUUAUACUUCAAACACGUUGUAGUAUGCGUUUAGCCUCCUAACGUAAGGAUUAAUUAUCUUUAUUUUAUAUAAUGUAUUUUAGUAUCUUUUUUUUCUUGUUUAUAAUAAUAAUUAUAAUCGAUAACCAUAAUAAUUGUAAUAAUAAUAAUAUUAAUCAUCAUCAUCGUCGCGCACGUGUACAUGAUGCGUGUGCCUUUGUCUGUCUGUCAGUAUGCGUGCGUGUGUUUGUGAUUGUGUGCGUGUGCGCGCGCUGUGAGUAUCGUGUGAGAUCAUAGCUCGCGAUGAUGCUGUUAAUUCGUCAUAUCGAUAUACAUUAUUAAUAUUAUAUUACAUGUUCCUUAUGAAAAUAAUAAUUCAAAAAUGGCAUGUCACGCGUUCGCGCUUUCAUCGUUCCCAAAAUUCCGGUCCGUCGUGCAAAUCGGUCCCGCCUCUCUCGCCUCUUUCCCUCGCUCUUCCGCUCUGUUGUCGCUCUUGAAAAAAAGAAAAAAAGAAAAAAAAAAAAAACAAAAAAAAAACCGCCGACAAUUACGUUAUAACAAAUCUUCAUUAUUUAUUAUUCCUUGUACCUAACGUGCACGCGAACCGGUAGAAUUUGUCCUCUUUUCCGUUCGAUGCACGAGGACGAACUUUCUGACAUUCUCAUUAAUCAUCUCCUCGUAGCAUCCCCGAGUCCAAAGGCAAGAAAGGAAAAAAGGUAAGUUCUCAUUAUUAUUGUAAUAACAAACUGUUUUCGUGCACGUCGCACCAUUUCUUAAAGGAACAUACCGAAGGAGCGUAGUUCGAGUUCGGAAAAUCGGCUUUGAAAUUCCACCGGUCGUUCACGGCACGGAUCGCGGAAAUUUUUUCUUCUCGUCGAGGAACAACGACGAUUUUUUCUUUCUCCGCGAAAAAAUUGCACAUCCUCUCGUGGAGGGUAGGAGGGAGCGAGGGAAGGUGGAACGGUAGAAGUGGGAGAUUAAGAAGGAAGAAGAUAGGAAGAAAGAAAGGAAGGCCAAAAAGUUUUUACGAAACGCGCAUGCUUCCCCCCGCCCCCCUCCAUCCCACGCCUCUUCACCUUUUCUCCUCCUCCAAACCUCUACACCCUCUCACCCUCUCUUUCUCCUCUCCGUCCUCCUUCUUCUCUUCGAAUCUCAUCGACAUCAAACGUCUUAUUUCUUUCUCUAAACACAAUUUACGCACUACAUCAUUUAUUAAGUCCGCAAAUUUUAUUAUUUCUCUUUUUUUUCUUUCUUUCUUUCUUUCUUUCUUUCUCUUUUUCUUUCUUCUAAUGCGUGUGUCGUGUCGCGUGCGCGAUCGUCGUUUCACGCUAUCGUGCCACCCUAAAAGCUCGACACGCUGAUAUGCUAAAACCUCUUCCCCUCGCUUAAUUGUUUUUUUUCUUUUUUUUUUUUUUUUUAUUUUCUUUAACGAUACUACUACCAUAUUUUAAGUUUACUUUUGAUCUGCGUUCGCGCGUUUCGGUCGCCUCCUUCCCUCUAGCUCACGCUCUCACACGCACAUCCACUUCUUCCUUCUCUCUCUCUCUCUCUCUCUCUCUCUCUCUCUCUCUCUCUCUCUCUCUCUCUCGCUCUCAAUUUUAU